ACCACGUUUAGCGAAGCCAUCGGUUGCUUCUUUCCUUUCUGAUCGUCUCUUAUAACGAUCACACCCCACAUCAUCAUGAUAAAUGCCAUAGCUUGGAGGCAAGCGAGGCCUAGUGUCUAGUCGAGGCAGCGACUGCGACUGAAUACCACUCCUGUGCGCCCACUUAGGUUUCUACCUACCGCCGUAGAUCGAAGUAUAUAAGGAACAGACAAACUCAUCUCCAACUCUCGAGCGUUAAGAUAUGCUUCCAUCGAAAACUCCCACCAUGCCUUCAAUCCUCGGAGCCGUUCCCUUCAUCAUCGGCCUCACCUCCGCCGUCCAGAAAGUCCAAUACUACUACGAUGGCGGCUGCUCCAGCUACGCAGUCGAAUUCUGGCCUUCCCAGAAUGGCGACUGCUACAAUUAUGAGUACGGAAACACCAACAGCGCGAAUAUCGUCUGGGCCGAUUACAACUCUGCUUUCUGUUCAUUCUUCACUCAGUCCAACUGCCAAGGCUCUGCUCACUCUGCCUGCUUGGGGUGGGGAUGCACUAGUGGGAAUUGUGCUUCGAAUUGGGGGUCGGGUUUCAAGUCUGUGCAAUGUUGGUCGUAGAGUGGAUUCGAAGGGAGGGUGGGAUGAGAGUUGAUUAGGUUGGUGGUGGAUUUCUGGGUGUGCUGGGCGUGGGUGAUGGUGGAAGGGGUGCGAUUGACUUGUUUGUGUGUAGCGGGCACGAGUCGCCGUUGAUGGGUUGGUGGGUGGCGUGAAAGGGAAUGGUGCCUUGUCUAGCAGUAUUGAGCUGUCUUGAGCAGAAUCGAGCUGUUGACAUUGAGGCCUGUCUUCGAUGCAGAUACACAAAGCUCUGUUGCAGUCCGCCAACUGUAUACACAGUGAGAAUUACACGAUCUUUCCGUU